AUGAACAGGAUGGGUAAGGAUGAUGAGCUAGAUUUACGGCAGAGUGUGGGAGAACUUGACCAGAGUGACAUCGGAGGCCUGUCCUUUAGGGAUUAUUUGAAAUCCGAGUUACGCCGUGGCUACCUCUUAGAAAAUGACGAAGAAAGAUACACUGCCAGGAGGGAGAAGGUCUAUACCUUCUUCAAGAUCCCUCGAGAACUCGAGAAGUUUGUUGCAUAUGGAUUCUUCCAGUGUGCCGAUUCCUUCUUCUUCGUGUUCACUUUCUUACCCAUUAGAUUCUCCUUGGCCCUUUUUGGCCUCUUGACCCGACCAUUCAGGAAGCUGUUUGGGCUGUACUUCAACAAGAAUCGCCGCAUCCUGAAGCCGGCAGAGAUCGUGGACCUGUUGAAGGGAGUGAUGGUGCUCGUCUGCUGUUACUUGAUGGGAUAUAUUGACUCCUCUGUUUGUUAUCACAUCAUCAAGACACAGUCCACCAUCAAACUGUACUUGUUCUUCAAUAUGCUAGAGAUAGCUGACAGACUCAUGUCAGCCUUUGGCCAAGACACCCUCGAUGCUCUCUUCUGGACAGCGACAGAACCCCGAGGCAAGAAGCGGGAACACUUUGGGGUCCUGUUCCACUUGAUUGUUGCAACAGCUUAUGUUGCUUUGCAUUCAACCAUUGUCCUGCUACAAGCUCUGACACUCAAUGUUGCUAUCAAUUCGGACAACAAAGGCUUGUUGACUAUCGUUAUCUCAAACAAUUUUGUAGAGCUGAAAGGAGCUGUUUUCAAGAAGUUUGACAGGAACAACCUUCUCCAAAUAUCGUGCAGCGACGUGCGAGAGAGGUUCCACAUCUGUGUUCUCCUCUUGGUGGUUGUAAUUCAAACCAUGAAGGAGUACGCAUGGAAGGAAGAACGUUUUUGGAUUUUGCUGCCUGAUUGCUUACUGGUUUGCGGCACUGAAGUACUGGUGGACUGGCUGAAGCAUGCAUUCAUAACAAGGUUCAAUGACAUUGCUGCAGAUGCGUACAAGGAUUACACAGUUCUUCUGGCUUCUGACCUCAUCAUGUGCAAGCAGAAAUAUGCAUAUUCUGACCACAGCGACCUUGUGGCUCGUAGGAUGGGUUUCAUUCCUCUCCCACUCGGAGUUGUGAUGUACAGGAUCCUAAGUCAGUCCAUACGCCUCAGCAACCCUGCAUCCUAUCUUAUCCUGCUCAUUGGAUUCUUAUGCCUUUUAUCCUUCAGGGUUCUCAAUGGCAUAAUUAUUCUGGGGAAAGCUUGUCAGCUCAUAGAGAGUGCUGAGAAACGAUCUGCAGGAAGUACAUCUACUACUGAGAGUACUGAUAAGAAGAAGGAAAGUGACACUUUCAUCAGUGGUGCAAAAGUCAACCAGAACAAAGAAGAGCCUUUGAAAGUGGAAGCUGCUACUAGCCCUAUCAGAGGAUGGAGCCUUCCACCUCCCUUGUCAACAGUGAGGGACAAACUCACACCCAAGUCCCUUACCCCAACACCUGAAAUGACAACACCAGUAUCUGCUUCCAUGGGCUCAACUCCAUCGUCAACAGGUCCUCCAAGAAGCGGUUCCCUGGAUUUUCUGGGAGAGUCUAAGAAGGGUCUUAUGGCCAAUAGUAUGGUUAAUCUGUCCAGUGUAGGGAUCAAUGAAGGACCCUACACGAGCGAUGUGACCCGUCAGUACUGGCUUCAGCAUUCACUAGAGAGCAUAGUCUCUGCAGACAGCUCAGACCUUGUUGACAGCUCCUUGGAACAGCAGCCAUCAUCACAGCCUCAAACACCUUGUGUGUCUUCAGUAGUUGGUGUUACUCCAAUACCAGAAGAUCAAACAGAAAGAAUUCAGGCCUUAGAAGAGAGCUCAAAGACCAGUCCUUCAAAAAAUAUGGAUGUAGAAAUACUCCCCGAGGAAGUGAGAAAGGCUAAGAGACCUCCUUUCUUGUCCUGUGAUUCCUUAAGAUACCGAGGUUCCACUGACACCGGGGACUUGUUAUGAAUUGGUAGUUAUCUUCUGUUUUUUGUUUAUUAUUAUUAUUAUUGGAGACUUUGGUACAAAUGUUUAUUCACCCUAUAGUUUGAGAUGGACCAAAAUUUCUUGGAUGCAGAACUUACAGAUUGAAAAGUAUAACAUUUUUAAAUACCUGGCUGUUAUUAUGCUCUGAUCUGAGGUUCUCAUUUUGUACAUGUAAAUAGUUAAUAUUCUAAGUUCAAAGGAGCUCAGAUAGUCCUAAUAUAUAUGAAAUGAUAUUCUGCAUAAAGUUUUAAAGAGUAACUGAUUUCUAAGCAGCCUUCUUUUAUACAUCACUUACCCUGAGCAUUGAUUUUAGAAUACUGUUGCAGAUAUUAAGCCAUUAUUGCAUUUCAUCAGUUGUACAUCUUUAGAGUGCUAGCAAUGUUAUUUCACUGAGGAACCUCUUCCAUAUUUAGGUGUAAAACAUUAUCUCUGGAAAGUGAAGUACAAGACAUGAAUUUUUGUUAUUCUUGCUAUAAAAGAUGCCAUUUUCCAUUAUUUUUUCUUAGUAUGCAUAUAUUCUCCAUUGCAGAUGAGGCAAAUGUAGAACUGUAUUUUGGUAUUUGAACAGUUGUACAGAUGAAAGAUCUUGCCAUCAUAAGACAAAGAGUAUCAUUACCAAAUAAGUUUACUUGUUAACUCAUAGUAUAAAUUUGUAUCACAUGAAUGCCAUACUAUAUCAUCAUAUGUGUAAAGUACACAGUAUUGGUCAAAACUAUUGCAAGGUUAUUAAUGAUAACUUAGUAGUCCUCUCUGUCUCUCUCCCUCUUCCCUCUUUCCUUCCCACCCUUCCUCUCUCCCUUUCCGCCUCCCUCCCUCCCUCACAAUAUUGGAAAUGCAGAAUGCUAUAAACAUUAUUAAUGAAUAUCAACACCAAUAUAUGACAGAUUGUGGCCAGCAUUGUGCACAUUUACACAAAGUCUGCACAUUUUUAAACAGAAUGAGACAAAAUUACCAUUCCAUAAUUGACUGCAUUUGUUAGAUAUUGUUAUCUCCAGUUGCAAGGCAAAACAUGAUCAUUGUAUCUUUACACUGAAAUGCAUACAACACCAUAAUAGCCAUAUAACAACAGAUAUACACAGAUUAGGAAUUUUAUAAAUCCAGUUCUCUAGCCAUAGAGAUCUCCUUCCUUGUAUUGUAAGCAAUGGGACACAGAAACUAAACAGCUGUAGAAGUGACCAUUGGUUUUGGGCCACAGAUCACUAAGGAGGUUCCACAUUUACUUCAUUCAUUCAUUAUAACAUCUUGAUCUGCUUUUCUAUUAAAGUAUUUGUAUUCUAGUCCUGACAGGAGCUGUAUUCAAAUAAUUCUCUUUUGUUUGAUGUGUGGAUUAUUACCUGCAUUAACUCUGUUGUAUAUUUGAUAUGGAGACUUGGAAAAUUAUACAUAUAUUAUGGGCAUAAAUGUUGGGACAGUUAAUGUUAAACAAAUUUUAGAUGUUAAACACUUUGUGAUAUGUCCAUCAAACCUGUAAAAGAUUAUUAGUAUCUUCCAAUAACUUUUGGAUAUAUUGUUCAGGUUCCUUUAAAUUUUGAAUGUAUAAUUUUUUAUCAUAAAUUUCUAUAAUGUUAAAGUAGAUGUUUGGAUGUUUAUAUUUUAUAUUAUUGUAUCAUCACUGCUUUGUUUGGCUGUGAUCUCUUGAACUAAUUUAUUUGUUUUGCAAUUAUUGAAUGGCUUGUGGUAUCCACAAUGAUUAGAGCUUUUUAUGUGAAUCAUUUAUCUUCAACCCUUUCAGGAGGCCAUUUAGUAAUAUCUACUUUUUUUACAAGAAAUGGAAAAAAAAAGGUAACAUUGUUUAUAUAAUUUAAUCAUAUAUAUAUUUUUUACACUUGUUUUCCUCUCAUAAUGAUUCCUCAUAGUUAGCAGUUUCAUUUAGCACAUUUAUAUAUAACUUUUCCUUGGUAGGAAAUAUGUUACAUUAGUAAAUUCAAGACUAAUACCUACCAAAGUAUCCAACAUUCAAAAGCUCUUUCUUAUGGGCAAUCUUCAUUUAGGGUACAUAGGAGUUACCUUCAUUCUUUUCAUUUAUAUAAUUAUGAAUAACACACAUCAUAUUUACAGUAGAAAUACAAGUGUUGAUACCAUUGCAGUCCAUCACACAGCACGUUUUUGAAAUAUCUGUAUUAUAAAUGCAUUAUGUAUUGUCCUCUUGCACCAUAGUACUAAUUCAAGAUAGCUUUAGGAAACAUUUUGAGGGUUAUGGGUGUCAUUCUCUUUUUAUCUAAAAUUAUUUGACAAAACUGGUAAUAGGUACAGUAUCUUGAAAAUAUUUAAUAGCCAUAGACAAUGUAAAUGGCUGUGAAGUUAUUGUUAGAAGCAUCAUAUUGUAUUAUAUUUGUAUCAGAUUACUGUCUCCUGAAAGGGUUGUAUCAGGCAGUGUAGUGUAAACAGUUGAACAUGGAUAUUGAAUUUGAAAACAAUCUGUGGGCUUUUCAAAUAAUUUCUUUUGUUGGUCUUCACCUUGAAGUUGACAUCAGUGCAUGACCACAGUAUUAAUUUACACAUUAAGUGCCAGCUCAUGGUAAUUGUUAAUGAAGAUUAUUUAAUGAAUUGUGAUACCUGUGAUUGCAAUAAAGCAUACAGGACCUUUUUCUUUCA